GCCAGCGAUCCACGCAUCAGAACGGCCCCAGGACCUUACGCCGUUCGGAUUGCCCUUUCCAAUUUUACGUCGAAGAGGAUGGGGAUUGUGCCAUGGUAGCAUAAGCGGCGUCAAUCCUCUCACAAGCACCUCGUCACACCUGUUCCAGCACCAGCAUACAAGUGCAGUCAGUGAUCGCACAGCCUACCUCAAUGCCGCAGCAACCGCACCGACACUUUCGCCAUCGCCGACAUCCUUGACGAGACGAGAGUCCUGCUGCUGCACUGUUGAUAAUUGCGAUUACCAUGGCCAUUCCCGCAAACGCGGCGGUGAGGGAAAGCAAGCGGAGGGCGACGCCCCGGGACUGGGAGCGGAUCAACGUGCUGAAAGCUCUAUCGGCCGCAGAGCACUCGCGCCGCCAGUUCAUCUUGAAUUUUGCGGCCAGCCGAGACACGACGCUUCUGGUCCCGGGUCAGAAGGCCGACGCGGUUAAGGCGGCCGAGGAGUCGGUGGCCAACUGGCUCAGCCAGAGCGGAUACGAGAGGGUUAGCAGCGAGUUCUUCAAGUACACGGUCGACGCCCGCCUGUGGUCUACUCAUGUGGGAGGCGAGCUUGAUUUUCCGUUUGCGUUUAUGCGUGGGAAGGUUGAAGCAUCCGCCAAAUCCAGCGAGGACGCCGCCCACAACGACCCUGAGGGCGAGAUGGUCCUCCUCGGCAACGAAACUGACCCCGGCGAUGGAGAAACAACGCCUGUGGCUUCACCCCAGACACAGUCCCCAAGAGGAUCGCUCAAAGGCCGCUCGUGGAUGAAGCGUCAUUCUGCCCCGUCCACUCCCCCUGCCCGC